AUGCCCGACUAUGGCAAAGUCACAGAGAAGAGACGGACCUCGUACUUCGCCUCAGCCAAGCAGUGGCUACAGCUGAAGAAGUACCAAUAUGAAGUCACCUUUUCGCUGUACAUGCUGACUCCCACGGAGAAAUUCAUCUUCAACUUCAUCCUCUUCCUCCUCGUCUCCCUCCUCGUGACGGCCGCGACACUGUACCUGCCAAGUCACAUUGGCGUCAUUUACAAUCGCAUGUCAUAUUACGUCCACGGCGAGUACGCGUACAACACCGCAGCCGGGCCCUCGGGAGAAGCCAUCUCAUCGAUCGCAAACGAAGGUCUGAAGAUCACGUCGGAGGCGUUGAAAUCUGGGGCAACCCCCAUGUCACAAGCAGUAAAAGAACUUUGA